GUAGCAACCACUGGAAUGGAAAAAGCAACAACAAUCAAAGAAGCCUUGGCAAUAUGGGAAGAAGAAACUGGUCAGAGGCCAUCUGAAGCCCAGGAGAUAAAGCUUUAUGCCCAGAUUCCCCCAAUAGAGAAGAUGGAUGCCUCCUUAUCCACACUUGCUAACUGCGAGAAGCUUUCACUGUCUACAAAUUGCAUUGAAAGAAUUGCCAACCUGAAUGGCUUAAAAAACUUGAGGAUCUUGUCUUUAGGAAGAAACAACAUAAAGAACUUAAAUGGACUGGAAGCUGUAGGAGACACGUUAGAAGAACUGUGGAUCUCCUACAAUUUUAUUGAAAAGUUGAAAGGGAUCCAUGUAAUGAAACAAUUGAAGAUUCUCUACAUGUCUAAUAACCUGGUGAAAGAGUGGGCUGAGUUUGUGAAGCUGUCAGAACUGCCGUGCCUGGAAGACCUGGUAUUUGUCGGCAAUCCUCUGGAAGAGAAACAUUCUGCCGAAGGGAACUGGAUUGAGGAAGCAACCAAAAGAGUGCCCAAACUAAAAAAGCUGGAAGUUACUCCGGUAAUUAAACAGGAUGAGGAAGAAAAAAAUUAA